AUGAUGGACAGAGAGCAGUCCCCCUUGAUGCGGAUCCCCGCCGAAAUCCGCAUCAUGAUUUACGAAUACCUCCUUGAUCUCGACCACGCCGGAGACAAGAGACUCGCCGUCCGCAACAAGGCAAUGCACCAGCUGCCGGCCGGCGCCCUGAGCACCUACCGCCGCACCUCGUACCGCAUCAUCGAGCGGUCGUUCCACCGGCAGUGCUUCGAGACGACCUACGCACACCACCGCCCAGCCGCCCACGCUCAUAACAACACCAACACCAACACCAACAACACCUCAACAUCAACAUCAACGUCAUCAUCAACACCAAUGCACCCGGAAAUCAUGGCCGUCAACCGCCGCAUCCACCGCGAAACAAGCCACCUCCUCUACCGCCGCCCCCACGGCUUCGACUUUGGCAGCGACAUUGAAGCCGUCGUCCCCUUCCUCAAAGACCUGACCCCCGCCUCCCGCGCAGCCAUCCAGGAACUCACCAUCCGCAAAGACGGGCCCGUAAUGCACGGCACCAGCGAGAGCGACCGCCUCGACUGGGCGGCCAUGUGCGCCUACCUCGCCCGGCUGGACACGACGAUACCCAGGCUGCGCAUCGUCGUCGAGGGCGGGCGGCCGACGGCGGCGGCGUGGGCGGGGCUCAAGGCGCUGAGCGUCUCGGACCUGCGGCUGCUGGCGCUCAUCAAGCACGACAGCAUGGACUGGGUCGCGGCGCUGGCGGCGGUCCGGGGGCUGGCGAGGCUGGAGAUUGUGCCGCGGGUGCGGUACCUCCCCGCGCCGGGGACUACGGCGACGCUGUUGUUUGCGGCCUUUUCGGCGUCGAUUGAUACGGCGCUUGUGGAGUAUUUGCAGACCGAGUGCGGGCUUCCUGCUGUGGCUGCUUCGUUGACGGCUGGAGAGGCGUGA